AUGGCGUCCAUCAAGUUGCCUGCGUUCGAAAACACCCCUGUCGAACAGAUUCCUUCGAUUGUUUCCCGCCUCCGCAAGACUUUUCUCACACUGAAGACUCGCCCGGCAGACUUCCGACUGAAGCAGUUGCGCAAGUUGUACUGGGCCAUUGCUGACCAUGAAAAGGAGCUGUUGGAAGCAUGCAAAAGAGACUUGGGCAAAGGGCUGUUCGAGGCCAUGGUCUCCGAGGUCGACUGGGUGAAGAAUGAUAUAAUAUACAUGACCCAACACUUGGAGGAGUGGAUGAAGGAUGAGAAGGCCCCCGACAUCCCAUGGAUGCACAGGAUUGUCAACCCGAAAAUACGGAAGGAUCCCUUAGGUGUUGUUCUUGUGAUUGGUGCCUUCAACUUCCCUAUCAAUCUAUCAUUCGGCCCCAUGAUCGGUGCCAUUGCAGCCGGAAACACUGUGGUUCUGAAGCCCUCCGAGCAGACCCCCAACUGUGCGGCAAUGAUGCAGAAGAUUAUGGAACAGUCAUUAGAUCCUGACUGCUAUGUCUGCGUCCAAGGCGGAGUACCGGAGACAUCGGCCCUGCUGGAGCAGAAAUGGGACAAGAUCUUCUUCACGGGGUCGGUAAAUACAGCAAGAAUUGUUGCGCAGGCUGCCGCAAAGAACUUGACCCCCGUUGCGCUGGAACUCGGCGGGAAAAAUCCGGCAAUUGUGACCAAGAAAGCGGACGUGCAUCUGGCUGCUCGCCGUCUACUGUGGGCUAAAACAUUCAAUGCAGGACAGGUCUGCAUCAGUCAAAACUUCGUUUUGGUUGACAAGGAAGUCGCUCCAGCCCUCAUCUCGGAGUUGAAGGCGGCCUUGAAAGAGUUCUAUCCUAAUGGCGCGAAGCAGAGCACCGACUACUCUCGCAUCGUCAAUCUCCGAGCAUUCAACCGCAUCAAGAAGAUGUUGGACUCAACUUCAGGCAAGAUAGUUGCUGGGGGAACAAUGGAUGCUGACGAGCUAUUCAUCGAGCCUACCGUGAUCGAAGUCACUGAUCCCAAGGAUCCUCUUCUGGUGGAGGAGUCCUUUGGACCGCUCAUCCCUGUCCUGGCCGUCGACAACCUCGACCAAGCAAUCAGCAUCGCCAACGAAAUCCACGAAACUCCUCUCGGGGUGUAUGCUUUCGGCUCCAAGGAGGAGACUGAUAAGGUGUUGGCGGCGACUCGUUCCGGUGGUGCCAGCAUCAAUGACGGUUUCUUCCACGGCAUCAUUCCGAAUUUCCCUUUCGGCGGGGUAGGCGACUCGGGCACAGGAGCAUAUCGUGGAAAGGCAUCCUUUGAUUGCUUCACGCAUCACCGGUCCAUUACCAAAACACCAACAUGGGUGGAAAAGCUGUUGGCGGUGAGGUAUCCGCCCUUCGAUGGCACCAGCAAGUUGAAACAGUUCCGAGCAACGGGCGUUCUCAAACCUGACUUCGACCGAGAUGGAAACAAGAAGGUUAACGUGCUGUGGUAUCUGCUUACUCUAGGGGCGGGAAGUGCGUCCAAAGGUGCGGUCAGAGCAGCGGUGCUUGCUGGCAUCUAUCUAGCCCUGACAGCCCUGAGGGACGGCCGAAUUCGGGCCCCAUGGGUUUACGAGAGGGUAAAACAGAUUGUAUACUAG